AGGGGAACUGCGUGGGCGCGAGCACAGGGCCAGAAGCCCGGCGCGUAAACGGUGAGAAAAUGUCUGGCAACAAUGACUGGUUUCAGAGUUCCCGGGUCCCUAGCUUUGCUCAAAUGCUGAAAAAGAACUUGCCAGCUCAGCCAUCAACCCAGACGGUAACUACACCCACAGGAUAUUCUUCAGAAAGAUACAGCCUGUCGAAUAUGGCUUCCAAGGUUACGCAAGUGACGGGUAAUUUUCCAGAACCAUUGCUUUCCAAAGGCCUUUCAUCUAUUUCAAAUCCUGUCCUUCCUCCAAAAAAAAUACCUAAAGAAUUCGUAAUGAAAUACAGACGUGGAGAGAUAAAUCCUGUGUCAGCUUUGCACCAGUUUGCACAAAUGCAGCGGGUUCACCUUGAUCUUAAGGAAACUGUAACAACAGGUAACAUUAUGGGACCAUAUUUUGCUUUUUGUGCUGUGGUGGAUGGUGUUCAAUAUAAGACUGGACUGGGACAAAAUAAAAAGGAGUCUAGAUCCAAUGCAGCGAAAUUAGCUCUUGAUGAGCUUCUACAAUUGGAUGAACCUGAACCAAGAGUUUUAGAAACAGCAGGUCCUCCUCCUAUCCCUGCAGAACCUGUUGUUUCACCAGAACCAGCAUAUGUCUCAAAAGUACAUUAUGAAGGAAGACAUAUUCAGUAUGCAAAGAUUUCACAAAUUGUUAAAGAAACAUUUAAUCAACUAAUUUCCAAUCAUUCAGAAUAUCUGAAAUGUAGCAAUUCAUUGGCUGCUUUUAUAAUUGAAAGAGCUGGACAGCAUGAAGUUGUAGCUGUUGGCACAGGUGAAUACAAUUACAGCCAGUGCAUUAAGCCAAAUGGAAGAGUGUUGCAUGACACUCAUGCUGUUGUUACAGCAAGAAGGUCUCUCCUUAGGUACUUUUAUAGACAACUUCUACUCUUCUACAGCAAAAAUCCUGCUAUGAUGGAAAAAUCAAUAUUUUGUACAGAACCAGCUUCUAAUCUACCCCCUCUGAAACAGAUUAUCAACAUUUAUCUCUAUAUGAACCAGUUGCCUAAAGGUUCAGCCCAGAUUAAGUCACAAUUGCGUCUUAAUCCACAUUCUAUAUCUGCGUUUGAAGCCAAUGAAGAACUGAGUCUCCAUGUGGCUGUUGAAGGCAAAAUUUAUCUGACUGUCUACUGUCCUGCAGAUGUUGUUAAUAGAGUAAGCAGUAUGUCCUCAAGUGACAAAUUGACAAGAUGGGAAGUGCUUGGUGUACAGGGAGCAUUGCUGAGUCACUUUAUACAGCCAGUUUAUAUCAGCAGUAUACUUGUUGGUGAUGGGAAUUGCAGUGAUACUAGAGGUUUAGAAAUUGCUAUAAAGCAACGUGUUGAUGAUGCACUCACUUCAAAACUUCCAAUGUUUUAUUUGGUCAACAGACCUCAUGUUAGUUUAGUACCUGCUGCAUAUCCACUUCAAACGAACUUGGAAUAUAAAUCCCUGAGUCUGAAUUGGGCUCAGGGGGACAUUUCUUUGGAGAUUGUGGAUGGCCUAAGUGGAAAAAUCACUGAAAGGUUACCGCAGGACUCUUCAAAGCUCUCGGCACCUUUGCCUGGGACGCCGGCUGGCUCUGGCCUGGGGUCAGCGGCGGAGCCCCGGGUCUGGGGAGGCCCCCGGGGGAGCUCCCAGACCACAGCCCCGACGGACGCGGUGGGGGGCGGAGGUCACGUGGACGACAGCGGCUGCAGUAGCCCCAGCAGGGAAGCGGGUCUUAGGACACCCACGUUUCUCCUGAGCCCCGAGGCGGCUGCCCGGACGCAGGUGCGUUCUCUCCGUCCCGGCUCCUGCCGAGCGGCGGCGCCGCCCCGCCCCCCGCCCCCAGACGGCGAGCCGCCUCUGCGCCGACGGUUUGUGCGGGAGCCCCGGACAGUAAGCAGCCACCGAACGCCCGCUGCGAGGCGGGAUGCGGUCCCAGCGAUCGGUGAUGUGGACACAGCGCUCCGCCGCUGGAGCCACACUCUCCCGUGCGUCCUGUCGCUUCCUUCUCAACACGAACCCCUGGGGGAAAUACAGCCCCGGGCGCGCGCUUCUGAGGGGACCACAGAGAGGGUCAAUCAGGUCUCUGGGAAGCCGGCUGCCGGCGCUGUGGGGUUCCUCUCGCUUCCUGCACACACUCCUUCUCCGAGCACCUACCCCCACCGAAGGCGGGAGCGCAUGGGGGGACGCAGGCUGUGCGCUAACUGCCGUAUCCCGGUUCUCUACCUGCUCCGUGCUCCCUGA